CACUGACACACGAUCCACAGUCUCGGUCGUCGUCGUCACUAUCUGUGGACCAGCCUCGCGUGGGAAGGAGCGAGCGCGAGGGCGGGCUCUGGCUAAUGCCGCUGAUUGGCCCACCCGCUGGAAUAAUUAGGCGCGCUGUGCGGGGGCAGGUGAGCGCGUUGUCGUGAGCUCGAGCGCGGCCGUUUGGUGCCGCCGCGCGGGAGCGGGAGCGGGAGCAGGAGGCAGGAGGCAGGAGCCGACCGACCGACCGACCGACCGACCGUGGCGGGGGGGAAGAAAAGAGGAAGGAGCUGCCGGUCCACCUCGCGUCUGGAGUCGGCGGCGGCGGGUCAGCCUCUGAUCCAGCUGCCCAGAGAGAGCAGGGGAGUGGGCAAAGAGAGCGACGCACACAAUAAACAACGACGUAUCUGGGUGCAACUCGAGUUUGCAUUUUAACGCCGAAAUGAGUCGUCAGACUGCCACAGCACUCCCUACUGGUACAUCAAAAUGCACUCCUGCCCAAAGAGUCCCAGCAUUGGCAGGAACUACAGCCUCCAAUAGUGAUUUAGCAAGUCUUUUUGAGUGUCCAGUCUGCUUUGACUAUGUACUGCCACCAAUUCUUCAGUGCCAGAGUGGCCAUCUUGUCUGCAGUAACUGCCGUCCUAAGCUUACAUGCUGCCCCACUUGCCGGGGCCCGUUGGGUUCCAUUCGCAAUCUGGCAAUGGAAAAAGUGGCCAACUCUGUACUGUUUCCUUGUAAAUAUGCCUCUUCAGGUUGUGAGAUAACACUGCCACAUACAGAGAAAGCAGACCAUGAGGAACUCUGUGAGUUCAGGCCAUACUCAUGUCCUUGCCCUGGUGCUUCUUGUAAAUGGCAGGGUUCUCUGGAUGCUGUAAUGCCACAUCUGAUGCAUCAACACAAGUCCAUUACAACCUUGCAGGGUGAGGACAUAGUUUUCCUGGCCACAGACAUUAACCUUCCAGGUGCAGUAGAUUGGGUUAUGAUGCAAUCUUGUUUUGGCUUUCAUUUCAUGUUGGUCUUAGAAAAACAAGAAAAGUAUGAUGGCCACCAACAAUUUUUUGCCAUAGUACAACUAAUUGGAACACGCAAGCAAGCUGAAAACUUUGCGUAUAGACUUGAACUCAAUGGCCACAGACGACGACUGACUUGGGAAGCAACUCCUCGCUCCAUUCAUGAGGGUAUUGCUACAGCAAUUAUGAAUAGUGACUGUCUGGUAUUUGACACUAGCAUUGCACAGCUUUUUGCAGAAAAUGGAAACUUGGGAAUUAAUGUUACAAUCUCGAUGUGCUGAAACUGACAUUUCCACAUUCUCUUGUCAGUGGCCAGUAUAGGGGCAGUAAAUGCUGUACAAUGAACUUGAAUAUUGGAUGUAUUGUAUAAUGUUUGCUGCCAGGUCUUUAUCAGACUGGCUUCUUGAUUGUUCAGCAUCUGGGUCAUGGUGGUAAUGUGAAGAACUGGUUCACAGUUUAUAAAAAAAAAAAUUAACACUAAUUAUAAAUGCAGUAAACCACUGAAUAGAAACCCUCUUUGUAGAAGGUAGUACUAUGAGCCUAAAGGAAAAAGGGCAUAAAAACAAAUGCAAGUACUACAAUCUUGUUGUUCAUUUUGUAGUUUUAAUUUUGAUUGUGUAAUGUCAGCUAAAAGGUGUUAACCAUUUGUGUUCUGAUGUCUCUUUACUGACGAGCCAUUUUGGGCAGAUUAAGUUGCUGCUUUUCUCACUUACACUACAUACAACUGCUGCUGUCUUGUGUAAUUUUGUGUAUGGCUUUUUAUGAACUUCUUCAGUUUCCUUUCUUGGUAAAACCAGUACCUUUUUUAAAACUGUUUAUUUCAUUUAUAAUCCUAUUCAGUUUACAGGCUAGAAGUUCAUACUGAUAUUCACUUGUUUCCAUGUUUGCCCAAGGUACUAUGUUCCUGGUUAAUAAAACAAUUUCAAGUGAGUGCUUUCUAAAUCCUGAAAAUGCUUCAGUUACAGCAUCUAAUUACAUUGGAUGACUAAACCAACAUGUAAUGCACUUUCAUUAGUUAUUCAGUAUGAAUCAAGAUUAAUUUGAAUGUUUAAAAGUUUAAAGCAUCUGCAGGUUUAUUAUUCAGAUCAUAAUCUAAAACAUCAUACAGUAAGAUACUUGGCCUUUUUUUAAUCCUCCCCCCCCUCCCGUUAUGCUCAUCUCCCUUUGCCAGCUCCAGCUGGAGCUGUCUCAUAGCCACUGGCUUUUAGGGAAAUCAUUUCAACCAUACAAGAAAAGGAACAAAAGAUUUGGAUGCCCAACUGCUGUGGAGAAAGUAGACUGGAGCUAUUGCACGAAUACAGUGUAAACUUCAGAAGCUCUUUUCCCAGUUAUUUUAAGAAGACCUCUGCUCUCCGAAACAAAUACCUACUUUAAAAUAUUUUAUCUGGAUGUGACUAGCUAGCUGAUUCUAGAAUUGCUAAGCCAGUCUAUUCUAUCUACAGUUUAAAAUGUAUUUUGCUUAAAUGCAGUGAGUUGCAUGCCUAGCUUUUUAAUUUUCUUUUGUACAAGAUAAAUUGAAACUUCCACUUAUUGUUCCUCCUUUUUCAUUUAAUUUUGUGAUCAUGUUUUAAUAACUUGCAACUACUUGCCUGAGUGGUUUUGAAACCUUGUCAUUUCACUGUGCAUGAAGGUUCAGCUGUGGUUACAGUUGCACAGAUUUUCAAGCAUCUGCAAACUAGAUUUAAAAGUGUUAACUAAUUGUAAAUCUUUCAACUUUUUCUCUAGCAGUAUAUAUCCCAGGUAUAUGUAAAUUUGAGACCUAUUCAUAGUCUGAUUUUUAAAGUGAGAAGUUUUGAAUUUCUUCCCCCAAACCUCACCCUGACACCAAUGUAGCCGAGUAUUUAGUUUUGUUUUUAUCUUUAAAACAUUGAGGUUCCUCUCUGAUUUAGAUGGUCCCCCUCCUUUUGGUUUUGUGCUUUUAAAACUUUAGUGGCAGUUCAAUACUGCUUAGAACUGAUGCAACAUCUUCCCAAUAACGAGCAGUUUAACAACUUAACGUAAUAAAAGAUGAUCUACACCUGUAACUUAUUUUUGUGAAUUUUAAGGAACUGAAUUUGAGUACUAAACCAGUUGUUGUACAAUGCUAUAACAUUUCUGCAUUAGGCAGGUAUUUUUAAUUUUUUUCAAACUUCAGUUUAAGGAAAGCAACUUCAAUUCUCCAAUUGCCAUUAUUUAAAGCGUUACACUGACAAUAUGUAUAUCAACAGUAUUUAUGUUUAAACUCUAAUAAUAGAUCUCUGCAGUUGAGUAAAUCACAUUGCAUAGUGACUAAUGUUCUUGCAGUAACUGGAUUACUUUUAAUAGUCUGCACAGUAACUUCUGAAAUUGCAGAACUUUGUAGCUUUUUAUACUCAUCCCAACCAAACAAUAUCAUCAGUGUGCAUAAGAUGACCUCCUACAAUGUAUUGACAACAAAAUCUCAUGCUUGUGGAAAGGCAUUCACACACUUGUCUGAGCAAACUGUUUAGCUAUCUUAACUAGCAUAUACUUCAGAUAAAAUUGUUCUAUUAAGCUUCCAGGUGACUUAUUUAAAUACCUUCAUGUAACAAGGUGAGGAUUUGUUCAGGAAAAAUUUCCAAAGAGGCAGUGCCAGUAGUAUAAAUGCAGCUGCCAGAUGGCUAAAUACACAGCAUUUUUUCUCUGUAAAAGUAAUGGAAGCUUAUGACUGACUUGAUUUAACUAUUGAAUGUGUAAUCAAACUAUUUCAGUCCUUUAAAGUACACUAUGAUCUAAGCUUGUGAACAAUUUUACUUAGUUACAAUGUAAUACAGAUUAAAUUUCUGCUUUCACUUUUAUGGAAGGAGCCAAAUCAUAAAAUCUGAAUAACUAGAUAUAGUAUUGCAGCAGUAGCACUGGUAACUGUAAGAAAAAUCCCUUUUCUGUUAUGGGUGUUCUAUUGUGUGAAGUAUGUGGAAUUUAGCCACUUAUUGUACAGUAUACUACCUCUAGCUUCCAGUCACGAUACUCCUUUUUCUUAAACUUGAUUUGGAAGUAAUUUUUUUUAUCCAAGGCCUGUUUCAUUCUCUCCCUCUGUUCUGCUGCCUGACCCUCCCUGACCUUUAAAGUAGCUUUAUGGUAGACCCAUUUUCUUGAUGCUUAAAACCAUGCUGUUGUACAGUAAAUGAUGCUGUGUAAGCAUUACAGUUAGUCUUUUAUACUGUUCUGCCUGAAACUUGAUUUAUGUGUUUAUGCUUCAUUUGCAUUUUAAACUCCAAUAAAAGUUUAUCACUAUC